CGUAACAAGCGCGUUAUGAAUUGAAACCAUUACAUUUUACACAUAUGUAGCUACGUCUUACGCCAGCUGUGAGCCAUAUGACAUCACAACAGUCAUUUGAUCACCAUUUUCCUUAAUUUUCUUAAAAAAAAAUCAUAUCUAGUUGCAAUAAUUCAGGAUUUUUACCUUUCAUCGGAAUGAUGUCUAAAAGCAAAGUUUCAAUCCUUCCGCUUGAAAUCAAUUGCGAACAGAAAUGGCGAACGAUUUUUUAACGAUUUUAGUGACAGUUUUGCAUUGCCUUUCAAAUGACGUGAUAAAUAUUGACCUUCAAAGAGGAACUGUAUCAGGUUCCAGUGCCUAUGUUAAGAUACUGUCCGCUCCAACGGCUGGAAGAAGCUCCAGAACGUGCGACAGCCAAGCGUUAGUGCGUAUUGACGUUCGUGUCACGAACAAUCCUGUGCGUUUCACGUUUCGUUAUGGGGAAGAUCCUGAGGGGUGGACCUUUGUGAUCUCGGAUUGUUCAAAUGAUUAUGGAUUUGGUGGAAACUUUAAUCAUUCGAGUAAUUGUGCGUCAACGCAGAUGAUCAAUCGGCAAUUAAGAGUUUACAGUAAUCGACUGCCUGGGUAUAUAACAGAAGCUGUUGAUGGCAACACGCUUAUGAAGGUGAUGGAUGAUGUGGUACAUCAAGGGUCAACGGUAUUGGUGAAGGCAGGAGAUGGUUUCAUCUCAGUAAAUAAUACAUUAAAGAUACGAAACUCUUUUCUUUAUACACUGGAUGGACAAUGGACAACCUAUGGGCCUCUUGAUAAAUACCUUUACAUUGGGUUAAAUAGGGUUCCUUAUGGUAAUUUCAGAGCUGGAACUGGUCUCUGUCAUGUCAGAAUAAGAGUUGACAGGAGUAAAGAUGAUAUUUGUUCGGUUGGGAGGAAUACUUGUGUCCCAAACUCAGUGUGUAUCAAAGGAAAGAGAAACGCUCACGAAUGCGUUUGUUCACAAGGCUACCGGAAAAAUGGACACAAUUGUGAAGAUAUUGAUGAAUGUUCUCAAAACAAUGGAGGUUGUGCGCAGGUCUGUUCAAACUCACCAGGCAGUUAUGAGUGCAGCUGUAGAAAUGCUGGAUACAGACUUCAUCUCAACAAACAUGACUGUGUUGAUACAACAAAACUUGCACUCAUCGCGAGAAAAAUCAGAUUGAGGAUUCAAGUCAAGCAAUGUAAAACCAACGCAAAAAUUGCUAGCAACUUUCGACGAGACCUCCGUUUACUGAUCUCAAAAGAUAUCUGUAGUGCGCCGUGUGAAAUCCAUGCUGUUACAUUACGAUGCCGAAAGAAACGAACAAAUAUACUUCUGACAAGUUUUGAGAUCAAAAUGGAUCCAAAUAUGAUCUUCGCUCAAUCUCACUGUAAUUCAUCCUGCGUUAAAUGUCUAACUGAGAUAAAACUUCAGAAGAUUAUUUCAAAUUUGAAACGUUUGGUUAAUUCAGAUAAAUUCAUUCUUCCCUUUGAUGGCCAGAAAUAUAUUCUGGAUAGAAAAGGUAUCAAAGGAAUGAGGUGGUCCAGUGGUUGUAAGAGACCAUCCAGAAGAAGUGGAUCAUGCCGACGUGGUAGUUAUUACGACGUCAAAUCACUUCAAUGUUUAAAAUGCCCACGUGGUACGUAUCAAAACCAAGAUUCUGAGAAGUUCUGCUACCGUUGUCCUGGAAAUAAAACGACACUGGAGGCAGGAGCAAGGAGUAAAUCAAGAUGUAUAGAGACGAGAUGCGGUUGGUCAUUAUCCAAUACAAAAUCUGGUUUCAUUUCCACCCCAAAUUUUCCUGAUCCCUUUCCCCCCGGAAUUACAUGCGAAUGGUAUAUUGAUACACUAGAAAACCACACUACGUUCUUCCUCAUUCCGAAAAUCUCACUGCCACAGACUACGCCAUGCUCAGAUUACCUCAUCAUACGAGAGACCACUAGUCCAUAUUCUGUGCAUACAUAUCAAACAUGCGAGAGUAAUCCUGACCCUAUUGUUAUCGUCGCGAGAUCAAAGAAAAUUUAUGUUAAAUUUCAGUCGCGUAGCAAACGAAAUGCUGGAGGUUUUAAAAUGCGUUUUGCAACGUAUAGAGACUUGGUCCGAGAUCUUGUCGAGGAUAUUAUUCUUGAUGGAAAUAUGUAUAAUCAGAAAAGUCACAGACAACUAUUACAGAACGAGGACACAACUGACGAUCUUUUUGCCGUAUUGGGUGACCCAAUUCGAUUUCCAGAGUAUUAUACUGACGAAUACCUUUCAAAAUUGCCCCCAUCCUUUGUACGAUUCAUUACAAACAAAGUCUCAAAGUACUUUUUUAACCGUAAGUAACUGUUUGAAUAUUCGGAACGUUGUGAAAUACCAACUAAAAGUUUUCUGAACGAUUUUUAUGUAAUAUAUAAGAUUGUAGAUAUACAGCCGUAGCCCACUGUGGAUAAUUGCAGUGGAAUACACAUCAGUGUAAUGUGAAGACUUCAUGUAAGAAUUUUCUUUUAUAUUCUAUCAUUGUUAACCUGUCUGGGCAGGAAAAAUAAAAGUUUUAUAAAAAUAAUAUAAUAA